CUGCGACGUACUGUACAUAUCAGCCCGCAUAAAACGCGGUUGGUACUAACGUAACACAUGCAUGCGUUCCAAGCGGUGGGUACGCCACAGCAAAUGUCUCGAAGACCAUGGCACGACAAAAACUCGUGUCUGAGUCUGUCGUUCGAUAAAAUUCUUGGAGACCAAAUUAGUAUGGCUUAGCUGCACUUAUCCACGUACAAGAAAAACUGCUGCUGGCAUUUGGGUACAGCUGGAUACGUGUUAACAAGGCACUGCAGCAUCAUAUUUAGAGUUCUUGUUUGACCAUAAAAAAGUUUACCUCAUGGCUGGUCGUAGCUGCGUCAGCUGAUUUGCGUUUGAUCCAUUCAUAAGAUCAAGAGACAAACAGAAGAACUGCUGCCUACGUACUCACCAUCAGCCUCGGACUACGUACACGUUAGAAUCCAAAAACGCGAUCUAAUCGUCGUCACUUGUAUGCAAGCGAUUAAAACUCAUGCACAGCGUAUCUACGUACUCCAUUGAAUGACGAAACUUAUCUCGGAUCUUUUUAUCGUGGAAUUCGACCUGUGUGUUGACGACGGUGACCUUGUGGCAUUCAGUGCCAGCUCAGUAUGCAAAACGGCCAAAAUCCACUCUACACUGGCGGCAUACCGCGAGCAAAUCCUAAUUCUUUGUACACUGGAGGUGGGCCACGCGAAAGUGAUGCUGUUAGUAUAACAAACAUUUUUGCCCAUCAUCCCCAUUUGGGCCAUCAUCAACCUGGUAAUUCUCCCUCUAAUCCCAGUAUGCCCGCGGAUUCUUUAUCAGGAUCAUCGAGAGAUCAUCAUGCGUUGCUGCAUGGCCGUUAUUCCAAUAAAACGGCUCCCGGUCUCAAUGGAAUUAUCGUGCCUGGAUUGCCGUCGUUUGGGCAUGCACCACAGAGAACCUUCGAUUCGCCUAUCGGCAGCGGCGGGAGUAUUGUUCAUCAUGGCGUAAGCAGUAAUAUUCACACGGCGAACCUUAAUGAAGCUUUUGUUAACUCAUUUGGACUGUCGCCGGGAUCGUUUUUGACUCCGUACUUCGCGGAUCGCACCACCCGCACGCCCAGUCCAUUGCAUCGCUUCCUGCAGAAUCAGCUGCUGGGUGGUCAUCACGCAAACAGCAGCACUGAUAAUCAUUUCAGUCAUGACGAUUUAUUGCUGGAUUCAUCUGGCUCGUUUCGCGGAUUAAAUCUGUCAAAUAAUUUUGCACAUAGUGACCGACAACAUGCUGAUCCUUUGAUGGGCUCCGGGCAUCUAAGUCGAUCUCUGGAUGAUUUAUCGGCGAUGCUGGAUAAUUCCAAUGACAGCGUGGAUUUGUCGAUGCCGCAUCGGCAUAGCUCUUCCCCAGAUGAGUCAAUCAACAAUGAUCUCACGCAGUCGGAAAGUGUGAGCAGUACGGUUCAAGUACGGGGUUCCAGUCGAUCUACCAGCAAGCGUCGAGCUAACGGACGAAUUGAUAACAAUUCGCGGACCUGUCCAACAUGUGGAAAGGCCUUUGGAAAUUCCUCUGGACUUGCUAAACAUCGGUUAACUCACUCGGACGAGCGGAAAUACAUGUGCAACAUUUGCAUGAAAUCAUUUAAACGACAGGACCACCUUUCUGGUCAUAUGUUAACACAUUCUGACAAGAAACCAUUUGAGUGUCCUGUGGAAAGUUGCGGAAAGAGCUAUUGCGAUUCUCGCUCAUUGAAAAGGCAUCUGGAUCAGCACGAGCCGUGGUUGGUGCCUGAACACGUCAGGUUGCUAUUUAACGAUACUUCGGGAGAGAAUGCGGAGGAACGGCGUUCCCAAGUAUCCUUAAGUGGACGUGAUUUUCAUUUAUCUGGGAGCGAGUUGAAGCCCUUUGUCUGCCAAAUUUGCCGAAAGAGGUUCAAAAACGGCCCCGCUCUAAACGGACACAUGCGAUUACACGGAGGAUUUUCCAUUAAAAUGAAGGGUGGCUGCGAUCUGUACGCGUCCGCUCCGCCUUCGGUGCAACCGCCAAAGUCUAUCGACUCAUCGUCGCAGAAUUCGUGCGAUCUGAACUUAGCGGACGUAUCUCCACAUUCCGUACAGCCACACUGGAACCCAGCCUCGGAGCUGUCAUCAGAGACUGCCUCUGUCAAUGACCAGCUGAGUUCUCUCAACCAGGUGGCCGUUAUUCGCCAUGUUCCGCCUGUGAUUGUCCAUUCAGCACUGCCCCCAGUGAAGUCACUGGCCUCUCCUGUAAAUAGUCCCACAACUGCUACAUUUUCAUUCUUCCCAGUCAGUCCGGUGGAAUCACCGUCCACGCCAAUACCCCCGCAGCAUCCGCAGUUCCCAGCCACUCCUAGUACAGCACCGGCGACGUUGGCGCUUCCCGUGGUGGCCGUAAACGGGAAGAUUCGGAGGCAUUCCGAUUCGGAUAAUCUUGUCCCACCCAAACGACUUAAACCAACGGUGGCUGACCGGUUACGACAUACCAUCAACAUGAAUAUUGUCAGGCGCAUGAACAGCGCUUCCCCUGAGCGCGAUUUCAACAAUCCCUUCGGUUUUAAACCGGGACCACUGGAGGAUUUCGACGUGGUGGAUGAGAAACCACCCCAAUCGUUUUUGUUUCCUGUUCCCGCUCUUUUGGAAUCAGCUCCUUAUGAUGGUAAUUUACAUGGCAACUUUCCACCAUCCAACGAGGAUCGUUUGUCCAGCGACGUCUUUCUUGCGAAAUCCCCUGAAUCCGUUACAUCAUCCAGCGGGAGCAGUAGUGUGGAUUAUCCAGAACCGACCAGUUCGAUUAGUCCAUCUUUAUCGUUGAUUAAAAAACAGAAACGCCGUCCUGAACCUUUGUACAUACCUCCAUAUGCUAGCACUGCUCAACCGAUGUCGUUGUCGCCCGGAAACGAAACUAUCUCUAUGACGCACAGCAUGAGUAUGCCGUCGCCACUACAGACGACGCUCUUGACACCACCGCCGGUCAGUUCGCUUCUGUCGCCUGGUAUUGGCUACCAGAGUCGAUUGCGUUCCCCUCUGCCCCGCGAAGGAACGGAAAAGCACAUCUCACCACCUCCUUAUACUCCUCCGCCAAUGUUGUCUCCCAAUCGACAUGGUUCUGGGUUGUUCUGGAACGUGAUCAGUGGCAGCGGAUCCAAUGGCACCACGACUCCGCAGUCGGGAGCCAAAUUCAAUCUUCUGAGACGAAGUCUUUCGAGUUCUUCUACGGGACAUUUGGAUAAUCAGAGUUACUUCCGACGGGCAUCCACCAGCGGAAGCGUCAAAGAUGAACACGACUCCCGUGAAAGUCCAUUUUAUUUUGGACCGGCUUUGGAUGCCCCCGUCACCGACAUGAUGCCGCAUAUUAAUCUUGGAGACAGACAUCAAGCGGAUCUUCCUGCGUUGAAUUAUCAUCGUAACGAGAAGGAAAGUUUGCCAGAGGAUCUUAUGUGUGGAAACCGGAUGUAUUGCAGAAUCUCGCCGAUCAGGAAGAUGGUUCCAUGCUUAUUUUCUAAAAAUAGCAAAAUGCGUGAUUAUAUCGCUUUGGCUGACUCUGGCGUGGUUCCAAAAAGCGGAAGAAACACCGAGUUGGCGUAUCAUUUGUUGUAUUUGACGUCUGGAGAUGUACGUCUGUGUACGAAGGCCUUGCUUAGCACGGAUACCCUAUGCGCCAUUGUACCGCCACAUCAUCCCAUUCGGGAGUAUCGCUACCAGGAAAGUGAUCUCUGGAGUCAGGAAGAAAUUGCUACAUUUUCCUCAGCACUGCACAAAUACGAUAAAGAUUUCUACUUGGUAUCGGCGGCGGUUCAAUCUAAAACAACGAAGCAGUGUGUUGAGUACUAUUACUGCUGGAAAAAACAAAUGCCUGAUGAGUAUAAACGAGUACGCGGAGCGCGUUCGCGCUUCCGACGGCAAGAAGAGCUGGUUACCCGCAGCAAAACAGCUGCUGCUCUGGCAAGUGAACAAAAAGAGUCUGCGGUGGAGCAGUCAAAACCUGUUACCGAAGCCGCUAAACAGAAAGACUCCACAGGACCGUAUGCUUGUCCACAACCGAAUUGUGGCACUCUGUUUGCUACCAAGCAAGCCUUGUCCGCACAUUCUCGUGUGCAUCUUCCUCGCAGCAGCAACCGUGUAGCUGCCACUUUAGACAAGUGCCCUCCGCCGGACCCAAAAGGCCAAGGAAGUCCAGGCGAAAAACCAGCCAAACGCCGAGAUGCGUCACCGUACCAGGAAUCUGAAUCAACUGAAUUUCCUUGUCGAAUAUGUGGAAAGGUGUUCCAAGGAGUAAAAAGUCGUAAUGCUCACAUGAAAGUUCAUCGUCUCACUGAGAAUCAGUCCGCAUCCCUUGUCAGUACUACGGCCCAGUGAGCGUGAUGGGCAACGUUGACGCUCCCACUGUAGUAGCUGACAGUGAUUUAUAUUCGUCGCAUGAUGGGUGUCCCUUCCGGUCAGUUUUCCUGGUCAAAAUAGGAGGCCGGUUUUUGGAAAGUUCUUAUUUUUUUAUAAUUACCUACCUCUAAGGGGGUCUUGUUAGGGCGGAGUAUUACUAAUCGACUGUCUUUCGUUGAUGUUACUUUUUAAUUGGGUGUUUAAAGAGCACAGAGAAAUAGAUGACUUUACAUAUUGUACCUUGCUAGGAAUGGGUGACUGCGUUCCGGCCGCCAUAGUGAUUGCUGAAAUUUGUAUAUUUUUGAGUUGUGGAACUUUGUUUAUAACGGUGUUAUUAUUUUUCAAAUUAUAAGUUGUUGUUACGUUGUCUACAAGGUAAUAAUGAGAAUUCAUUAAAGCGGAGACACCAAGUUGUUUCCCUUUAUUGUAUCA